AUGAAAGUAAAAAAUAAAAAAAAUGUAGUUAAAGCUAUUUCGGCUAUUGGUAAGACACAUAAAAUUAAAAGGAACAAAAUAAAACGAUUAACAGAAAAAAAAGGUAAAAAGAAGAAGAUAUCAAAAAAAGCACUGAUAGAAGUUGGUCUGAAAAAUGACAAACCAAAACCUAAGGCUAAAGUGGGAACAACUCAAUCUAUUACAAAUGACAAUUUAAUAAAAUUAACAAAUAUAAGUUACAAAGGUGCGCCUGAAAGCUCUACUCCUAGUUUGUACAAACAACAGAAAAAGGUAGAUGGAGACAAAACACCCGUGUCCUUCAUUAAGAUGAUGAAAGAUAAAUUGAAAGGUGCAAGAUUCAGAUAUAUAAAUGAACAAUUUUAUUCAUCUAGCAGCCAAGAUGCUUUGCUAUAUUUUAAAAAAGAACCCAGUGCAUUCAAAGCCUAUCACAAUGGUUAUAUGCAACAAGUUACUCAAUGGCCAGUCAAACCACUAGAUGUUAUAAUCAAACAAAUUAAACCAAUUUUGAAGAAGUCCAAUGUCAAUUCACCUGUUGUAGUUGCAGAUUUUGGUUGUGGUGAUGCUAAACUUGCUCGGGCAUUUCCUAAAGUAAAAGUUCAUUCCUUUGAUUUUGUAGCAGUAAAUCAGCAUGUAACUGCUGGAGAUAUGGCUCACACUAGCUUAGCCAAUGGGUCUGUUGAUAUAGCAGUUUUCUGUCUCUCUCUGAUGGGCACAAACUUGCAUUCAUUCAUCAAAGAAGCAAAUAGGGUUUUGAAAACCGGGGGUUUGAUGAAAAUAGCAGAAGUUGAAAGCCGAUUUGAUAAUAUUAACACAUUUGUUGAUAGUUUGGCUAAAUAUGGUUUUGAAAAAACAAAAGUAGAUCAGACAAUUGAAAUGUUUGUCUUUGUGGACUUGAAAAAAACUCAAGAUAUAAGUAAGACGGCAUUAAAAAAGAAACUACCUACAUUAGAAUUAAAACCUUGUAUUUACAAAAAACGUUAAUAUUUUUUUUAAUAAAGUUUUUAUAACUAAUGAAACGAUUAAACAAA